UCGAAAUCCGACAUCCAUGAGUUUGUGAAGGGAACACCAAAAACGUAGUUAGCGCCAAAUCCAUUAUUAGUUAGUCUUCCUUAUCCCAAAUGAACGCCACACUCUUACAACCCCCACUCUCUCCCUUCCAACGCGCCACCACCACAAACUCCCCGGAACCCCGCGACCAGAAGCUUCUCUCUCUCCUUCGAGACCGCAAAACCGAAGAAGCCUGGCUCGCUUACUCCCACUCCACGCACCUCCCUAACCCCACCUGCCUCAGUCGCUUGGUCUCUCAGCUCUCUUACCAGAACACACUCUCUUCUCUCACGCGCGCCCAGUCCAUCGUCACCCGCCUCCGCAAUGAGCGCCAGCUUCACCGCCUCGACGCCAACUGCCUCGGCCUCCUCGCCGUCUCCGCCACCAAGGCCAACCACACGCUCUACGCCGCCUCCCUCCUCCGCUCCAUGCUCCGCUCCGGCUACCUCCCCCACGUUAAGGCCUGGACCGCCGUCGUCGCCUGCCUCGCCUCCUCCCCUGACCGCGGCGAUGGCCCCGCCGAGGCCCUCCAGCUCUUCCGCUCCGUCACGCGCCGCCUCCGCCGGCUCCCCGACCCCGCCAUGGCCGCCGCGUCGCGCCCCGACACGGCCGCCGUCAACGCCGCGCUCAACGCCUGCGCCAAUUUGGGUGAUCCCAGGGCCUUCUUGCAGGUGUUCGAUGAAAUGCCGCAGUUCAAUGUUGCCCCUGAUGCGUUGAGUUAUAACACUAUGAUUAAGCUGUGUUGUAGAAUUGGUAGAAAGGACUUGCUUGUGUUUGUUCUGGAGAGGGUUCUUCAGUUGGAGAUUCCUUUUUGUGUCACCACUUUGCAGUCCCUUGUUUCUGCUUAUGUUGAGUUUGGUGAUUUGGAAACUGCUGAGAAAUUGGUUCAGGCAAUGAGGGAAGAAAGGAGGGAUAUUUGUAGGGUGCUGAAGGAGUGUAGCAAUUUAGAGUAUUCGAGUGGUAAUGAAUCAAGUGAUGAUGAUGAUGAUGAUGAUGAUGAUGAUGAUGACAAUGAUUGCAUUUUUGAGAAGUUGCUUCCGAAUUUGGUCGAUCAAAGUGGCAAUGAGGUUGAACCACCCUUGUUGCCAAAAGGUUAUGCUCCAAACACUAGGACUUACACCACUCUAAUGAAGGGUUAUAUGAAUGCAGGACGUGUGAGUGAUACGGUGAGGAUGCUUGAGGCGAUGCGGCGGCUGGAUGAUAAGGGUAGUCAACCUGAUCAUGUUUCCUACACCACUGUGGUUUCGGCACUUGUGAAGGUGGGUGCCAUGGACCGCGCUCGUCAGGUUCUUGCUGAGAUGACCAGGAUUGGCGUGCCUGCGAAUUUGAUAACUUACAAUGUUCUCCUCAAGGGUUAUUGCAAACAGCUGCAGAUAGAUAAGGCAAGGGAAUUGCUCAAGGAGAUGGUUGAUGAUGCAGGGAUACAGCCGGAUGUGGUGUCUUAUAACAUACUCAUUGAUGGGUGUAUACUGGUGGAUGACAGUGCUGGGGCUCUUUCCUUCUUUAAUGAGAUGAGAGCAAGAGGAAUAGCUCCCACCAAGAUUAGUUACACUACUUUGAUGAAGGCUUUCGCAUACUCGGGUCAGCCGAAGCUUGCUCACAGAGUGUUUAACGAGAUGGACAGUGACCCUCGGGUGAAGGUGGAUUUGAUCGCGUGGAACAUGUUGGUGGAAGGAUAUUGCAGGUUGGGGUUGGUGGAAGAGGCGAAGAAAGUGGUUCAGAAGAUGAAGGAGAGUGGAUUUCACCCUGAUGUGGGCACUUAUGGCAGUUUAGCCAACGGAAUUGCAUUGGCAAGGAAACCCGGAGAGGCACUUCUGCUUUGGAACGAAGUGAAGGAGAGGUGUGAGGUGGGAAAGGAAGGGGGGAAAUCUGAUUCUUCUGUUCCUCCGUUGAAACCGGAUGGAGCGCUUUUAGAUACUAUUGCUGAUAUCUGUGUGAGGGCUGCUUUCUUUAGAAAGGCAUUGGAAAUAGUGGCUUGCAUGGAGGAGAAUGGGAUACCUCCCAACAAGACCAAGUUUACUAGAAUCUAUGUGGAAAUGCAUUCAAGAAUGUUUACUAGUAAGCAUGCUUCAAGGGCUAGACAAGACAGAAGAGUAGAGAGGAAAAGGGCUGCUGAGGCGUUUAAGUUUUGGCUGGGUUUGCCUAAUUCCUAUUAUGAUGGAAGUGAGUGGCGGUUAGAACCUAUGGAAGGGUAUGGCAAUACCUCUGAUUCGGUUUAGUUGCUCCCCCUUUCAUAGCUUGUCAAAACAUACUCAAGUAUGAGAAAGGACACUUCUAUUCUACAAUGUAGAAAUAAAUGUUUAGUUAACAAAAAAAAGUGCCUAUUGUACUCUACAACUGCAAUGUCGUUUUGUAAUUAAAACACAGGUUUCCCAGGUAUGAAAUCAAUGAAUAAUUUCGAUGACUUUUUUUUUUA